CAGAGAGAGGCUCCCGACUCAACCGGCACGAUGGUUGGCUCUCAUCCCUCCGUCACCAUCACCAUCUCUUUCCUCCUCCUCGUUCUACCACCGACUUCUUUCUGUUUCGUUACUGGUUCUGCAACUGGUGCGACGCAGCGGCGACGCCAUUUCUCAAAGAUCUAUGCCUUUGGAGACUCCUUCACCGACACCGGCAACACCCACUCGACCACGGGUCCAUACUCCUUUGGAUACGUCUCCUCGCCUCCCUAUGGUACCACCUUCUUUCGCCACUCCACCAACAGGUAUUCCGAUGGCCGCCUGGUGGUCGACUUCCUCGCCUCCAUGCUCUCGCUUCCGUUCCUGCCACCAUACCUCUACAGGGCUGCUGAUUUCUCCCACGGCGUCAACUUUGCGGUUGCUGGAUCCACAGCGAUCGAACAUGACUUCUUUGUGAAGAACAACGUCACGAUCGAUAUCACCCCCCAGUCUCUAAUGACACAGCUCAUGUGGUUUGACAAAUACCUGGAGGAGAAAGGCUGCAAGACGAAGGGAUCACGUCGGUGUCGAGCAGCGACAGCAGACGCGCUCUUCUGGGUGGGUGAGAUCGGAGCCAACGACUACGCUUAUGGUUUUACAUCGACCCUGUCCCCCACCGUCAUUCAGCAACUUGCCGUCAAGAAGGUCUUCGACUUUGUAGAGGCUCUGCUAAUCAGAGGCGCCAAGUACAUUGUGGUUCAAGGUUUGCCAUUGACAGGGUGUCUACCACUAACCUUGACGCUGGCACCGUCCGACGACAGAGAUGACAUUGGCUGUGUUGCAAGCGUGAACCGCCAAAGCUACAACCAUAAUGCCAUUGUUCAGAACGAGUUACAAGAACUAAGGGACCGAUUUCCUGAAGCUAUCAUCUCAUAUGCUGACUUCCUGGGUGCACACCAUAACGUGAUGAAACACCCAGCAGCGUAUGGUUUUACGGAGAAGUUAAAGGUUUGCUGCGGUAGCGGGGGUGAUCCUUAUAAUUUUGACCUAUUUGCCACAUGUGGCUCCCCAAAUGUUACCACAGCCUGCCCUGAACCUAACAAGUUCAUAAACUGGGAUGGAGUCCACCUGACCGAAGCAAUGUACAAAGUUGUGGCCGACGUGUUCUUCCACCAUGGUUACUGUAAACCAUCCUUUGAUGUGCUACUUACUGCCAAGAGUCUGGAGAGUUGAGUGGAACAUCUGUAAUGCUUGAUAUGGAGGCCCUUAAUAUUGGUUGAUGCAUAAGUUGCGAC